CCCACCAUCCAUUCAUCUACACCUCCUCCUCUCUCCCUCUCCCUUUCUGUAUUUCCUCUCUCCCUCCCCCAAAACGCAGCUGGGGCACCUAUCGGAAUAGAUUUUAUAGCGGGGUUUUAGAAAUGAACUACACGCACGAGCAGUCUUUGUAAAACCCUAUUAACGGUGUAGGUCCCUUAACCCCAUAUGAAGGAGCGAGAGCAAACAGCCUGGAGCGGAAGCGAUAGAUGUACUCGACGCAGGGUUGGCAGGAUCGCAACCCGGCGGGCGAUGAAUAUAACCUUUGUGUAUUAAGUCCAAGAAUGCGCUGUCUGCCUCCCCUUCUUGUGUGUGUGUGUGUGGUCAAGUUUGUGUGCGUUGCUCUGUGAUAUAUAUCUUUCAAUUUUGCUGUGUGCGUGUUUCUGUCUCUGUCUCUGUCUCUUUCUUUCCCUUUCUCUCUCUCUCUCUCUCUCUCUCUCUCUCUCUCUCUCUCUCUCUCUCUCUCUCUUCCUCACUCCUCUCUUUCUCUUUUCAUCAAUCACCUUAUCUAUCACCUACAUACACGUAUACCCCCAACCCUCUCAUCCCUCGCUCGUAUGCAGUAACGAGCACACGACAUGAUGACCAGCCAGCGUGGUGCAGUAAAACAUCGUUCUCUGUGUCUCUUUUCCAUUACUUUAGGUUAACCCGAAUUUUCUGUCAAAUAAAUGACAGGCGAGAAGUGACCAUCUUUUUUUUUAUACAUUUUUCCACCAUCUUCACCUCCCUUCACCCAAUGCCUAAAUAUAGUAAUCUGCUGUUGCAUAUCUCCCUUUAAUGAUUACAUCACUUGGAGGCAUCGUACCUCAGACAGCGUAUGGGACCACAUUUGCGCCCAUUUUUCCCAAUUUAUCCCGCUUAUUUCCGUUACUCAUUCCUUGACACUUUCUCUCUCAUCCAUCUUGACUGUGAUUGCUUAUUUCCCGAGGGUUGAAAUUGGCCUCGGAAGAUAAAGAAGUCGGUUGAAUCGUACGCCCGCCACCCUGAAGGCCUCGGUGCGCAGGUUCGGUCCAAGAGAACCUCCUGGCACCAUCGCGGUCGACUUCUCGCUGCGUGAAAUAUUCAUUCGGUCUUGCUACGAGAGACUGGGUGGUCGCAGCUCAUGCCGCGGGCUCAUAGAUGACGCUUCUAUGGGGCAUCGAUGGUGCAAAAGGGGGCCAGAGGCGGCAUGCCCCGAGCGUGAGAGCGUGUUCGAUGCAGUGAAACGCUCCCAUCAGUAGAGGCCUACGUUGGUCAAGGUCGUUGCUAGUGAUUGGAAACUGAAAAGUGAAGGAGAGACUGAAGUGAUGAUACCAAGUGUUUAAAAAAAUAAUAAUAAAAGAAAGUUUUGAAAUACCACAAAAAUGUCUUUUGGAAACGAUGUGAGAACCUAAGAAUAAAUAAGUAAAUAAGUAAAUAGUCAUAAGAACAUAAGACCAGGAAUUGUGUAAGUUGCAACCGGCAAACUGGAGCUGCACGCGCACACAGGGAUCAUGUACGACCUGUAUGAUAAUGGUAAAACAGGGGGGUACUACAUGACCCACUCCUACCCCCCCGGCGCCCCCGCCCACACCGCUGGCGUGGCCCCCAUCCCCCGCGGUCCGAGGCCCCCCUACUCCCCAGCAGCUGGGGGUGUGGCUCCCCCUAAGCCCCAGCGGUACGCGGGCGGACCGGGUGGCCCGGGCGGGUCUGCGGGCGGGCCCCCUGGCAUGAUAGGCAUGAAGGGCGGAGUCAGGCCGUCAGCGCCCCCCGCCGGGCCGCCCACGGGACCUCCAGGUGGGCCACGCCCGCAACACUUGGCCCGCUCCUACUCCUCAUACUCUUCCUCGCCAGAACGCAUCGACCUCCUCUACUCCUCACAGGAGCGAAUGCAUGGUGACGGAUAUUUGUCUUCCCCGGAACGUUCGCCACGCCCAUACGGAGGUCCUGGAAGCGCCUACCUCACGCCCACGCCUAGUUACGAAGACCCAUACUACGGCGGCCAAUACGGGUCUCGCUCGGGCUCAGUCACGCCCAUCAUCGACGAGGAUGCACGGUCGGCGUUUUACAGCUUGCGCGUCGAACAGAUGGAGCGGCAGUUGGCAUCGCUCACGGGGCUGGUGAAGAAGGCGCUGCACACGGGCGUCGCGAGCUCCCCCCUCCCCGAGCACAUCUCCCUCGCCCCCCCUCCCGCCGUCGUCGCCGCAGCCGCAGCCGCUUCAGGAAACACCAACAGCAGGGAACCGACGACUAACAGCAACAGGAACUCCUCCUCCAACGACUUCCUUCAGGUUCCUACAAGUUCAUCAUACAAGACUCCUGACGAUACUUACCUUCGGCCAGACACUAAGCCGCCAAAAUUAGGAAGAGGGGGUAGAGAAAAGUCAGUCUCGUUCGAAAAAUCAGUUUCGUUCAGUGACGAUCUGCCAGAUCUGAACACACCGCCAAAGCAACAUGUUCCUGCAGCCGAGAAACAGCCUAUCAAGCCUGCCAUCAAGUGCUCCACACUCCCCAGGAUGUCUUCACAAGACCCGUUGACACCAAAUAUUGCAGACCCCUUGAGACCAAGCAAGCCGGCACCUCUGGCCAAGCCACAACCGCCACCCAAACCACCCAAUUUGAUGCUUACGCGCCCAUCUCUGUCGCUACAGAACUCGACAGACAUGCGACUUUCCCCGGAAGUCUACAACCAACUGAGGGUGCUACAAAAGAAAGCCAAAGAGCUACGGACUGACGUUAGGAAUCUCAGAAGGACUUCCCAAGCUAACGCCAUAACUAUGAAGGAAAUUCUUCGAGAGACAGUCACAAAGAUAACGACACUGCUUCAGUCCACGGAGGAGGGUUUACUGCAGGGCUCAGCGGAUGCAGAGAGAGUGAGGAUACAGCGUGAGGAGGAGUCGUACAGGCAGGACAUGAGCAAGCUGGAUAAGGAUCUCUGUGAUCUUGAACUGAAAGUGGAAGAGCUUCGCAACAAUGUCAUUAACAGGCGAUUACGUGUCAAUAUGUCAGAUGUAGAAAAUAUGGCUCUUAUUCUGUCAAGAUCAAGCAAGACAGUAGCAGAUCUAAAGGCGAAAUUCCCAAUACUUCAAGAUGGUCUCAAAGGACUUAUAUCGGCAGAGAUGGAGAGGGCAAUUAGUGAAGAAAAGUUCCUUAAGGAAGAACCAGACAAGCUAGAAAGUGCACUUCGACGAUGCAAGAAAUUAACUGGUACUCUGGUAACGCUUAAGAGGUUAGCAUCAGUUCAAGAGCAGCGAGUCCCUCCCAACCCUGCAAUUGGACCUAAUGCUGUUGCAAACGGUGAUCCCAGAAGCACCUCGCCCACCCACAAUGAAGAGACUCGUCCAUCGUCUACUAAGCAGCCCGGUGUUGUCGCGGGCCCUCACAUGGCACCCGCCGGUGUCGGUGCAGAUGGACAACCGCGCCUUCGUGCAGAGAACGCACUCGACGCUCUGUUAGACGAAUUGCAAACCUUCGCAAGGCCCCCAUCUGAGGCAGGGAGCCGCAAGAGUAGCAUCGAUGUAACACCCGCCACACCUCUGGCCACUGCUGCCCCGACCAGCCUCACUGUCACUUCCGCCCUUAGCACUACUAAUACGGGCGUCAGGCGGCUGCCGUCCUUCCCCAGUUCUGACUCCCAGUCGUCCCCAGUCAAGACCCCAGCCUCAGUAUUUCCUGGGGUGUCCAGCACACUCCCCAGGGCAGCAGGCAGCAGCAGCCAGGCGCCCCUGCCACCCCCGCGUGAUGAACACCGCCUUAGUGUGGCCUCCAAUGCUUCAGCAGGAUCUGGCCGAUCAUCUCCAAGGGGCAGCAUUAGUGGAGAGCCACACCGUUUGCCUCCCCCGCCUCCCCCCCGGACCUCGUCUAAAUCCCCCAUGCUGUCCCCUUCCUCGCCCAUGAGUCCAGCCCCGAGGUCAGCCUCGGUUCCCCCAGGUGGGGUUGUGGCGACAGUGGUGGGCGGUGUGUUACGGAACUCUGAGGGUCGCGAGUUGUAUGGUCCGGUGCUGCGGCAACGGCCACCCCUUGGACGAGGCUCGUUUAGCGAAGAUUCAACAGCCUCGUCAGCCUCCACCAACAGUUCGACGAGUAGCGCAAAGGCUGGGCAGCUGUCCUCCAACAGCAGCAGUACCGAGAGUGUCAACUCUCAGGAAGGAGCUGGGCAUCGCCAGCAAAAUACUAGCAAUGUGCCACCAACACCACCUCCAAAACAGAGGCAGGAAAAUUUAGAAGCAAGGCAUAUGGAGUUACUUAGGCGUCAGAAGCAGUUGCAAGAGCAAUAUCAACGCCUUCAGGCACUCCAGCGUUCGGGAGGUCGUCUCGCUCCGGCCAACGUGGACUUAAAGAAAACAGGUAGUGAGAGUAAUCUGUCAGCCCGCCUAGGCCUCUCCUUGGCACCAGUGUCACACGGGUCACUCUCGAACCUUGCUUCGUCCCCAUCCCCAUCCCAGUCCCAGGCCUCUCAUACCAACACCCUCCCCAACCCCAAGACCUCCUCCUUAGCUACUGUGGGAGGGGACACGCACCUGACAACAAAACGCACUAGUGGUGGCCUGGUUGAAACAGAUAUUCUCUGAAGGCCCUGAGUUCUGUUAAUACACCGAGUAUGGAGGAAGACUCUCCUUAUUCAUGAGAAUAGGAUAUGUAAAUAUGUAAAGUUUAUACAUACAAGAAACUGCCAACAGAGAGACUAAGGGAAACUUACCAUGCAAUAUACGCUUUAUUUAGGACUCAUUUUGCGUCAUUUGACAAAACAUAAUUUUUGUCAUGGUUAUUUCAAGGUUCAUCUAUGUCAUUAAAAUCAAAAGACUUUUUGCCUACCAAACUCCUUGAUCAACAAGAAGAUUUUAAGGAUAAUUUCUUAUCUGAUGACAUACAUAAAGUUCCAAAAAAGGUGGACACAAAAAUGUUGCUCAAAAACAGGAUGCUAAAGACAGCCAACAGAGGAGUAUAAUUAUAUGUUAUACUUGGUGUACUAUAAUGAGUGAGGAACAGAUAUUUCUGUCUGAAUAUAACAUGUAGUUAUAGUCCUGGCAAAAGGAUAUAAGCAACGCUAAAAUUGUUUUAAAAAAGGUGUGCAAGUCUAUGAUCUUAAGCCAGCUUUGUAUGUCUGUAUAUUUAAUGAAACAACUGAUUUGUAUUACAUACUCAUUAACAUUUGGAGUGUGUGUGUGUGCGUGUGUGUGUGUGUGUGGUAAAAUCAAUAUUUAGAGACCAUAAUCAUCAUAGUAAUAAAAACUUCAUCAAGUGUAGUUUCAUAAUUACAGUGCUGAUUUAACAAAUGUGGGUAUUGUUAGGUUGGUGUAUCCACGCAGUAUGGCACCCACAUGAGCGAAGCAUAUCAGGGUCCUGAAUAAACUAUGUUAUAUUAGUCUAACCACAAUAUAUGUUUAAGUGUCAUAUUUUUACUAAAUAAUCUUGAUUCAUGGUUGAUUUUCUCUUUGAAAGUAUUUCACUUGAUAUCUAUUUUAUAGCUUGGCUUUGGGAUUAAUAGACUUGCAAUUAAUUUCUUUACUCUCAUGAAUUAUGACAAGAAAGUUUCAUGUAAAUAGGUUAUAAAACUGCACAUGUUUAUGUAUCUGAUACUGUCAAUUGUGUAAUUUUAUUUAUUUGUCUUUUUUUGUGACGAUGUUGCGCACAAUACCAUUGUCACAACUUAAAUUAUUGUUAUUAACACUACUGGCCAUAUUUUAAAGGUAUAUCAAACUGGGCAAAGUUUCAUAUAGAAGCUGUUUUUGAUGAUUUGUUAGAUAUUUCAGGAAUAUGUGUAUAUCUUCUGUAUAAGUCAGUCACUAUUGGCACACAAAAAAAGAAGAAAAAGAUACCCAAUAUAUGUUAUUGAUUACAGUGCUUAGACUUUGGUUACACAGGCUUUCACUCCCGGAAAUCUAAACCUCACGGAGAAAUUCUAAUACAUGUCAAAAUUCUCGACAAGGACUCUGCUCAGUUAGAAAAGGUUUAGAAUGUGGCCAUCUCGUGGUCCCUGUCACCCCAGUCACCUCUCUUGAAUUCGGAUAUCCUCACAAAUCCCAUUUUAGAAGUGAGAGACAACACACAUACUGUUACUUCAGUGAGGGAAAUAAAUUAGUGUUAAGAACAGUCCGGUAUCAGGAUUGAUGAGAACUGACUGUAUCAUUUUCAUUCACUGUACGGGCAUCUGCACUGUGGAUCAAGGAUGUGAGUUUCAUGCCUUUCCCCUCUGUUUUCUUCUAAUAUUCUGAUUUGGUGUUAAGGAUAAUGGAUAAAUUAAGGUGUUGAAUUGGUGUUCAUACCAUAUUGAUUGUGAAUGAAUUAGCAUUUUGAGUUGGUGUUGGUACUAUACAGAAAUAUGGAUACAUUUACCCAAUGAGUUUGUGUUAUUUCCAUAGUGGAUAAGUAAGCAUUUUAAGUUGGUAUUAAUGCCUCAUGGAUGGUAGAUAAGUUUAGCAUAUAAUAAAGUAUUUUGGUUGUU